GAGAUUAAGCAACCUAUUCAGUGAUCAUUUUCUAUAUUCCCUGUUUGGGGUGAGAACAACAACAGUGGGAAUUGAAGCUGGAAUCGGAUUCUCCAACUUAGCUGCGUCUAGUUAGGAAAGAAUCUUUUACAGUUUACAGCAUUUUGGUUUGUAUUUUCUGCCCUCUCUGUUAUUUUCCCACAAACUUCGAUGUUUGACUUUGCUUUAUAGUAACCAUCGUUUUAUGUAGCUAAGCCUGUGUUUGUUUGACUCAAACUCACUCACCAGCUUUUAGAUCAAGGUUCCUAAUCUUCGGUUUCUUUGAUUAAUAUUCAGUUGUGGGCAGUACUCAUGGCUGCGGUUGCAGAUGCUGUUAUUGGAAAAUUGGUGGAUGAACUGUUGAGUUCUGUUUUGGAAAUGAAGGAAAGAGCUAAGAAAUUCAGACCCACCUUGGAACUCUUGGAGAAAACCCUGAAAAGAUUAGAAAAAUUGGUUAAGCAAAUAGAUGAGUUUAACCGGCAACUGGAUCGGCCGGCGGAGGAGACACAGAAGCUGGUGGACCAGAUGAAGAAUGGGAAGGAGCUUGUUCUGAAGUGCAAUCAAGUCCAGUGGUGGAAUUGUUGUUAUCAGGCCAAUUACCAAGAGGAGCUUGAAGCAUUGGAUGAGGAUAUUAAAAGGUUCUUUAGUUUAGAUAUGCAAGCUCAAAUACAAAGGGAUGGCUUGGAGACCUUGGUGGCGGUGAGAGAGCUUCGUGAGGAAAUUAGAAUUGUUGUUCCCAGAAGACUUGAAUUAAGGGGCUUGUGUUCGCCUCCUGAACCCCCUCUUUUCACUGUUGGGUUGGAUGAUCCUUUGAUGGAUUUGAAGUUCAAGUUGCUGAGGGAGCAGGUUAGUGUCUCCGUUCUCACUGUUACCGGACCAGGAGGUUCGGGCAAAUCUACGUUAGCCAAAAUGUUUUGUUCCGAUCAGAAAGUCAAAGGUAAAUUUAAGGAAAAUAUCUUCUUCAUCACAUUUGGGAAAACGCCCAAGUGGAUUACCAUAGUGCAAAGGCUGUUCAAACACAACGGUUAUGACGUGCCAGAGUUUCAAAGUGAUGAAGAUGCGAUUAACCAAUUGGAGCAUUUGCUAAAAGAAAUUGGUAAAAGCCCAAUACUGCUGGUCCUAGAUGAUGUUUGGCCCGAAUCAGUGUCUCUUGUAGACAAUUUUGUGUUCCAAAUCCCAAACUACAUUAUUUUGGUGACAUCAAGAUUCGCCAUUGCUAGAUUUGGCCCUCCAUACACUUUGAAACCCCUUGAUGAUGUUCAUGCUAUAAAUCUAUUUCGCCACGAAGCAUCCUUGAAUCAAAGCAGCUCUGAAAUCCCCGAUUAUGUUAUCAAUGAGAUAGUGAAAGGGUGCAGUGGUUCUCCCUUGGCACUUAGAGUAAGUGGAAGAACCUUAAGUCAUCAAAAACCGGCGGUGUGGCACAAUAGGGCGAAGAAAUUGGCGACGGGUCAAUCAAUUCUUGACACUAAUAACGAUGUGCUUACUUCUCUGCAAAAAAGCUUCGAUGUCUUAGAUCCUAAGGUCACUGAGUGUUUUAGGGACUUAAGCUUAUUUCCUGAAGCCCAAAGGAUCGCUGCUGCAGCCCUUGUUGAUAUGUGGUCACUACGUGAUGAAGAUGACGCUAGUUCAAUGGAUAAAAUCAAUGAACUAGCCAAUCAGAACAUGGCUGAUAUCCUUGUCACCAGGAAUGUUGAAGGUGGCACAAUUGAGUACAAUAACCACUAUGUCACACAACAUGGUCUUCUUCGAGAUCUAGCUAUACUUCAAACAAGCCAGGAGCCAACAGAGAAGAGGAAUAGACUAAUUAUUGACAUAAGUGGAAACAAUCUUCCAUCAUGGUGGACUAAACAGAAUGAGCAUCACAUUGCAGCCCGCAUAUUAUCCAUAUCAACUGAUGAAGCGUUCGCUUCAGAAUGGUGCAACUUGCAGCCAACUGAAGUUGAGGUUCUAGUGUUGAACAUUCGACAAAAGAAGUUCACACUACCUAUGUUCAUGAAGAAAAUGAAUAAAUUAGAAGUAUUGAUAAUCACAAAUUAUGACUUCUAUCGCGCUGACUUAGAGAAUUUCGAACUACUUGAUUGUCUAUCUGAUCUUAAACGAAUCAGGUUAGAGAGGGUUUCAAUUCCUUUCCUCAGCAAGACCGGAGUGCAAUUAAAGAAUCUCCAAAAGUUUUCAUUUUUUAUGUGCAAUGUGAAUGAAGCAUUCAAAAAUAGAAGUGUUCAAAUUUCAGAUGUGCUGCCAAAUUUGGAGGAAAUAAACAUUGACUACUGUGAUAUGGUGGAAUUGCCAGCGGGGCUCUCUAAUAUUGUUUCCUUAAAGAAGAUUAGUAUCACAAACUGCCAUAAGCUUUCUGCACUUCCUAAAGGAAUUGAAAAUUUGGUCAAUUUGGAAUCACUAAGGCUUACUUCCUGUACUAGUUUAGUAGAGUUGCCAGACUCAACCACAAGCCUUCAUAAACUGAAAUUUCUUGACAUCUCUGAUUGCAUAAGCCUUAGUAAGUUACCUGAGAACAUGGGGAAGUUAAGUAAUUUAGAAAGGGUCAAUUGCAGAGGUUGCUCAAGAUUAAGUGACUUGCCAUACUCAAUCACAGAUCUUGGAGGCUUAAGAGAUGUGAUAUGUGAUGAAGAGAGGGCUGCACUAUGGGCACCUUUCAAAGACAUGCUUAGCGAUCUAAGGCUAGAGGUGGUCCAAGUUGAUUUCAACUUAAAUUGGCUUCAAUAAUUUGCAUUCUUACACUUGUGUUUGGCAAUUCAAUCCUGAGGAAACAGAAUAAGAGUAAAAACUGUGAAGGUAAAUAAAAGUAGCUUGUGCAUUAUUGUUUGGUUGUGUUGUAUUUAUUCUGAGAAGCAAAAUUGUAUCGUUCGAAAUUACCAUGAGUUUGUGGCCUAGUUUACAAUUUUGAAGCGAUUGUUUUUGUAACAGUAAAGUUCUUUACUUAAUUUGUUAUAACGAGUGGAACGGAAUGGUAUAUAAUAUAUAAUGAAAAUAAACAAAGUUUCCACAUAUUAUUUGAAAAUUGAAUGAUAUAAUAAAUGGAAAUUUACAGU